UGUAGGCGCAUAGAAGCAAGAACAUUAAAGGCGAGCUAGAAUGAGGAAAAGACACAAAAGCUAAGAAUAUGCAUAAAAGGCUACUCUCCGGGCCAACAGUAGACAUAUACGUAGGCCCCUCAAAGCGCCACUGGAGCAUACACCAGAACCUCCUCUGCCACCACUCGUCCUACUUCGAACUGGAGUUCCUACAGCGUGAAGUACCCAUGAAAGACGGCAGACAGCACCUAGAACUCCUCGAUGAUGAUCCAGCGGGCUUCGAAUUGCUCGUAAAAUGGCUCUAUCAAGGUGUGCUCGCACCCGCUUCCGCAAUCCCUUCAGACACAGAGAAGUACGAAUACGCAGUAGCAUGUCAUAAACUCUGGCUGCUAUGCGAAAAAUUCGAAAUGAUACGUCUCAAGAAUCUGGCCAUGGAUGUAUAUCGAAGAUGUCUUUACGAGUCGCGACUGGUUCCAGAUGCCGACGAGAUCAAUGACAUCUAUAGACGCAGUCCUUUGGGAAGUCCGUUUCGAGCUCUUGUGAUCAAUAUCGCUGCGAGACAGAUUAUGGAUCCUGAUGUUGAGCGCGAUUUGGACGCGUAUCGAGACUGUUUUGAAGGGAAUCCUGAUUUUGCUAUUGAGUUGAUCUCUGCGAUUCGAAAGCUGUCUGGAGGGGUUUUAUUUGAUGAUCCUACGCAUGGUGAUGCUUGUGCUUAUCAUGAUCAUAAUGAUACGACCGGCUGUCCGAUGCAGGGGAAGGGAAAGACGCGGGUGAAGAAGGCAGAUGGAGAAGAAAAAGAAGGUACGGCACGAUUUGACUAUGAAGUUACCGCGCGCUCAUGAUUGCAAGGUUCGAAUAGCGCUGGAGAGGAGCGAAUGUCGCUUGAAUUGGUAGAAUUGUCUGCUGAGAAACGCACGCCGAGAAAGUUGCGAGCUUCGGAAAUGAAUGCUGGACAGCGAACGCCUCAGAGCCAGUUUCACAAGCUGAAUGGCUUUGGAUCUAGGGUGAUGCCAAUUCGAGCAGGGUCAUUGGACUCCAAAAAACUUGGAUCUAUCGAUUAUGGGCCGGCUGCUACGGUCCUGCAAACGCCCAAAGACUCAUAUACUCCUAACCCUGACCAGCUGUCGCCAUUACAUACGAGGAGCGCCGAGCGAUAUUUCAGAGCUACUGGGAAUGAAAGUGAAUCGACGGUGAAGGCUGGUGCGCCUAAGCACACUCGCGACAGGAACGAAAUAUCAAGGCCAGAUCAUUCGUCAACACUGACAGAAUCUACCAUCUCAUCUCGAAAGCGCAAGCGUACACCCCGCAAACUCCGAGAGAAACCGCCCACCACUGUGCCCACAUCUGGAGGCAGCAGCAGAGCAGACAGUGUGAUCAGCGGACCAAGGAAAUUGAGGGUCAACAGCAUGGUGAGGAGACUAGAAAGCAAUGGAAGAUAGAAUUCGUAUCCACCGGCCGUGAGCCUUGAACC